UGAAUUAGGUACCUAUUUUUAAGAGCAACUUCAUUGUGAACCGAUUUUGGAAAUCCUCCUUUAAGCACCGGACAAACUCUAAGAAUUUGUUAUUCAAAAUGUUCGUAACAUCAGCUGCCCGUGUCGCUCCACGUAUCGUCGCCAAUGGAUGCCAGUUGCUCCGACCAUUGAGCAGUGCUGUCAUCUCACAGAGUCAAGCAUUAGCUGCUCAAAACACAACUCCAGUUGCGCUUCUGCCUCAAGUUCGCAGUUUCCAAACUUCCCCAGCCACACGUGAUAUUGAUUCAGCUGCAAAAUUCAUUGGAGCUGGUGCUGCCACAGUUGGUGUCGCUGGAUCUGGUGCCGGUAUUGGAACAGUAUUUGGUUCACUCAUCAUUGGAUAUGCCAGAAAUCCAUCACUUAAACAACAAUUGUUCUCAUAUGCCAUCUUGGGUUUCGCUUUGUCUGAAGCUAUGGGACUUUUCUGUCUUAUGAUGGCUUUCUUGCUGUUGUUCGCUUUUUAAAUAUAUUAUUAUAACUGUCUCUUCGAUAACAACCAUUUACAACCCAGUCGUCGAAAAUGAAAUGAUUAAUUUUAAGUUUAAAAAUCCAUCGUGAAAACAGCAAAAAAGAAAUGAAAGCAAGAACAAGGCAAUAUUGUAUUUCACCGUAAAGUUUGAGUCUAAAGUUGCAAAGCAAAUUAUCAAAGAAAACGAAUUAUAAUUCUGAAAAGUACUUUCCAUCAACUCGGAAUUUAUUAUUAAGGCAUUUUUUUUCCCUUAAAAAGUUUUUAAGAUCGAACUAAUGCGUCCAAGAAUCAAAGUUAAAACCCAGUGACAGAUAUCUUGGAAAUAAACAUCUCUAGGUGGGUGAGACAUUAUAGUCCCUUACAUUUCCAUCUUUUAAGUAAUUAUAAGGAGAAUCUGCAACAUUUCCUGGUGCAAUUUUGAAAAUUUUCUGACGAAGUUUGAACUUUUUCGGAAUGUCAUAUGUAAAUCAAAAAGGGAGGAUUUUUACAUUAUGAAAACUGAAUUUGCAUCAUUCUUCGUAAGUUAGUUUUUCUUUUUUGCAUUCUCGGGAAAUUCGAAAUUGAAAAAUGUUUCAUAUACCAUCUUGUGAAAUAAUAGAACGAUACAAAAAUAAAAAAUGAUUAGUUACGACACAACAAUCAAAGA